CUACCAAAUGAGGAAAAAAAAAGUCCUCUUUCUAUUCAAAUAUCAAUGGCCAUGGCCAUUAGCCAUCAAACACCAACACCAUUCCUUAUAUUUUGACCUUUACUCUUCAUACAAAUGGCAUCCUUCCAAUUCCCCGAUCAUCUUCUAACUUUCCUCUGUUUCUCACUCAUCGUCGUCUCAACCGCCGGCACCCACCGUAGUCUCGAGGUCGGAGUUUAUUCGAACCAAAACAUUAACCAGAACAGCCUUCUCGACGCCUGCAACUCCGGCAAUUACCAACUCAUCAACAUAGUUUUCGAUGUUUCACUUGGCAACGCACAAACACCAGAAAUUAAUUUAAUCUCCCACUGCAAUUCAACCGCCAGCGACGACUGCACUAAAUUCACCCAAGAAAUCAAAUCUUGUCAAGCUUUAGGCAUCAGAAUCAUGCUCUCGAUCGGCGGUGGAGCCGGUAAAUACAAUCUGCAUAAUUUCACCGAGGCCACAAACUUCUCUAUAUACCUAUGGAACAAUUUCCUUGGCGGCCAAUCAAAUUCACGUCCAUUAACCGACGUCGUAUUCGAUGGCGUCGACAUCACCAACGAUAGAAGCUCUUGGGACAAUUGGAGCAAACUCGGGGAAGAGCUAAGGAAAUUAUACGAAAAACAGGGGAAUAAAUUUUACUUGUCCGCCGCUCCACAAUGUUCAUCUCUGGAUUCCAGUUCUCACUUGAUUCCACAGCCUGUGAUUUUCGACUAUAUUUCAGUCCAAUUCUUCGGGGACAAUCUCAUUUGCCAGUACGUCAAUGGCCGAUUUGAAGGGUUCUGGAAAUUUUGGAAUGACUGGAAGACAUUUAGUGCAGGCAAGGUAUUUGUGAAAAUGCUAGCGGCUCCCAUGGCGGAAGAUAUGGGAUAUAUCCCUCCCGAUGUGUUCAGAACUCAAGUCUUGCCGGAGCUUCAACGGAGUUCGAAAUUUGGCGGCGUGAUUUUGUGGUCUGAGGAUCUUGAUAAAGGAUAUAGUUCAGAGAUUAACCCAAAAGCAUGUGGAUCAGUUGGGGCGGAGUUGCAAACGGCAAAUGAAAUGGCUGAGUUUCCGAUGAGCAACAAUUAUGAUGGCCGACGAGGUUUUAGAAGUUGCAGAGGGUCUUGUGUGCUCUAAAACCAGCAGAUUCUUGUUUUAGGAAAUGACUCAUUUUUUAAUUCAAUGCUUUUUUUUAUCAUUGUAAAAAUGAAAUUAAAAAAACAAAUUUGCCACAUGUUACAAUAUUAUUGGGUGUAGUUUGAGUUGCCUAAAAAUGAUUUUCAAGUU